AUGGCAGACAGUAAACAAAAAUAUCCACUUGGCUCACCUCAAGAACAUAUUAAAAUGUGUGAAACUCAUGAAUUACCUAUUGAUGUUAUAUGUGAGGACUGCGAUGGAUUUAUUUGUGGUAAGUGUGCCAAAACAGAUCAUAGAGUACACGAAUGGAGCACUAUACCCACGGCAGCCACCCAAAGGAGGAGAGGUUUGCUUAAAUUUCUGAGGACGAUUCAAGAAGAAAAAUUGCCAGGGAUUGAUGUGAAACUAGUGAAGAUGUCACAACAGAUCAUAGAAAAUAAAGAAAUCUGCGACGCUGAGAUUAAAAAGCUUCAGAGGCAUUAUGAUGAGAUAAUGACCAGAUUGUCAGAUUACGGCUUCAUUGACAACCACAGAGAACUGAUACAGCUGCUUUCUGGCCUGGAUGAUGAUAUGAGGGACUGUAAACAUUCAGUGAGAUACAGUAAAGGAGAAGUCAGUGAUGAGGUACUGGAGAACUUAAUUGGAAAGUCAUUUAAUUUUGAUGAUAUCAGUUUGACUGAAACAAGUUUAUUUAAAUAUGGAGAGAAAGCAGUAGUUUUGUUGAAGACAUUAUGUGAAGAUCAGUGUUACAUAAAACAAUUUGAGUCACCUUACAUUGAACAAGUAAAUAACGAAGGAGAGAAAAAACAUAAAUAUUAUACCUCUACUAAUGACAUGUGUGUGACUGAUACUGAUGAUGUUUAUUUUGCCGAUUUUAGUAACAAUUCCAUCAGCUGUCUGUCUCCAUCAGGAUCUGUCUCUACAGUCAUCAGUACAGAUCCAUUGAAACCAAUAGGAAUCUGUCAGUCAGUGGACGGUGGACUACUGGUCAUAUUGGGAAAGAAGGAAUCAGAUCCGUACAAAUUAAAUUCACACAGCAGACGUCUGGUGAGACACAUUACAGUGACUGGUGAUGUCAUCCAUGAGUAUGAAUACCAGGAAGACGGUCACACCAGACUGUUUACAGUGCCAUACAGAGUCACACAGAACAGUUACACUGAUAUAUGUGUGGUGAACCGCACUAAUCCCAAUGAAGGUGAAUUAUUGAUUGUGUCCAUUUCUGGUCAUAUGAUGUCAGUCUACCGUGGACAAAACUUGGCAGAGGCCUUUCGUCCAGGUAAUGCAGUGUGUGACUCCUUCUGUAACAUCCUUGUUACUGACAUGAACAAUAUACAGAUCCAUCUACUUAGUCCUGAUGGUGAAUUUUUGAAGUUCUUACUGAACAAAGAUGAAGUGCACCAUCCAACCAGAUUAUCGAUAAACAAGUCUUCGCUGUGGGUGGGAUAUAGGGAAGGAGUUGUUAAAGUGUUUAAAUACAGAACGUAG